AUAAAAACACGGAAGUGUACAAAGUAUACAAGUAGAUGAGACAAGUCAAAUGGUUUAUCGCGGCCAGAAAUUUGUACAAACCGGACAGAAGUUGCGAAAUUGUCAUUUGUGCAGGAAAGUACUGGACAGUAUGAUCGGCCGCGAUCAAUAAGUAAACACAACAUGUCAGCCAAAGUGUUACAAGAAAUCAAAGACAAAUUCGAGGGAGAAUGGAAAAUAGAUCGUAGUGAAUGCUUUGAAGAUUUCCUUCGAGAAGUUGGAGUGAACUUUUUCAUCCGUAAGAUGGCUAGUAUGGCCAAACCUGUUUCCACUGUAAAGGUAGACAUAGAGGAAGAGAAAAUUGCUGUCGCAAUGAAUGCUGGUUUCAUGGUUAAAGCGGAUACAUAUAAACUUGGAGAAGAGUUCAAAUCGGAGCACCCGGAUAAGAAGAGUAAAGCAGUUGUUAUAUAUGAAGAUGGUAAACUAGUCCAAAACAACACUCCAGAAGAUACAAACAUAAAACCAACAAAAGCAACACGAGAAAUUGUGGGGGAUGCUACUGACAAUGUAUGUCGGUGAUGUUGUCUGUAAAAGAUAUUUUAAACGAACGCCAAAAUAAAACAACAUGGACUGUGAUGGACUUGUUUCAUAACGUCUGGAUAUUUUUGAGCUAAAACAUGUUUUCAGUAAAAAGAAAUGGCACAGGUUAAUUAAAUACUCGUGUGAUUUUACAUUUGAUGGAGAAAAAAAGCUGGAAAACUAUAGAUUUUAGCUAUAACUAUAGAAAACGACUGUGAACUAACACGGGUACAGUGUAUCGACAGCUACAGCAUUCAGUUGAAGCAUAAUAACAUUUGUUUCAUCCAACCUAACAUAUUUUAAGUGCAAUUAGUCGGAUCGUUUAUUAGUCCCCUACUGGUUGAAAACCAGUUUCGGGGACUAUAGGAAUGCGCUUUUCCGUCCGUGAUUCCGUUCGCAAUUUCGUGUCCGGUCCAUAACUCUGUCAUUCAUGAAGGGAUUUUAAUAUUACUUGGCAUAAAUGUUCCCCAUGAUGAGACGACUUGUCAUAUGCAAAUCCCGGACCCCUAGCUUAAAGGUCAAUGUCACAAUUGGAGGUCAAAGGUCAACAGGGCUUUUUUCCUGUCCGGUCCACAACUCUGCCAUCCAUAAAGGGAUUUUAAUAUUACUUGGUACAAAUGUUCCCCAUGAUGAGACGACGUGUCAUGCGCAAAACCCGGACCCCUAACUUAGAGGUCAAGGUCACAAUUGGAGGUCAAAGGUCAACAGGGCUUUUUUCCUGUCCGGUUAAUAACUCUGCCAUUCGUGAAGGGAUUUUAAUUUUACUUGGCAUAAAUGUUCUCCAUGAUGAGGCGACGUGUCAUGCGCAAAACCCGGACCCCUAGCUCAAAGAUCAAGGUCACAAUUGGAGGGCAAAGGUCAACAGGGCUUUUUUCCUGUCCAGUCCACAACUCCGCCAUCCAUAAAGUAAUUUUAAUAUUACUUAGCACAAAUGUACCUCGUAAUCAGACGAUGUGUCAUGCACAACUUUCAGACCUCUAGCUCAAAGGUCAAGGUCACACUUGGCAGUCAAAUGUUAACAUGGCAUGAACAGGGUCUGUUUUGUGUCCGGUCCAUAACUCUGUCAUUCGUCAAGGGAUUUUAAUAUUACUUGGCACAAAUGUUCCCCAUGAUGAGACAAUGUGUCAUGCACAAAUCCCGGACCCCUAGCUCAAAGGUCAAGGUCACAAUUGGGGGUCAAAGGUCAACAGGACUUUUUUCCUGUCCGGUCCAUAACUCUGCCAUUUGUGAAGGGAUUUUAAUAUUACUUGGCACAAAUGUUCCCCAUGUUGAGACAACGUGUCAUGCGCAAAACAUGGACUCCUAGCUCAAAGAUCAAGGUCACAAUUGGAGGUCAAAGGUCAACAGGGCUUUUUUCCUGUCCGGUCCAGGACUCUGUCAUGCAUCAAGGUAUUAUUCAAGAAUGACUUUGUCCGGAGAUUUCUUCUUCAUGCAUGGAGGCAUUUUGAUGUAACUUGGCACAAAUGUUCACCACCAUAAGGCAGCAUUGUUUUUAGAAUUACCUCCCUUUGUUGUUACUAUAAAUAGAUUAUAUUAUAACAUUUUUAUUACUUGCUGUAGGAAAAAAUCGAGACCACUUUUCUGUUGUACAACAUGCAUGUUACAUCCAAUUUUUAUAUAUGAAUAUUUUUCUUUAGUAUGGUAUGCAAAUAUUGAACUCAGUUGAAAUCUGUUUUAUUAUAUAUAUGCUAUAUAAUGAUUGAAUCUCAUUACACUGAAAUGAACCCAUACGAAAAAGAAAUUUAAUAAAAGGUCAAUAAAAGGCAAACAAAGGGCUAGCAAAAGGUACUUCUAUGUUUUGUUAAAACCUUUUAUAAGCCUUUAAUUUAACAAAAUACUAACAAAAGACUAAUAAGGAUUUUGUGAGUAAUACAUUUUGUUUACCUUUUGUUUCAGAUACUGCCUUUUAUUAAUGUUUCAUUACACUUAUAAUUUGAAAUUUACCUUUUAUUAGCAUUGGAUUGGACUUAUAUUCUUAAAUAUUGCCAUUUGUUUGUAUUUCAUUCCACUUAGAAUCAACACUUACAUAUUUUGUUUGUAUUUCAUUACACUUGCUUUCAAAAACAAGAAGUUUCGUUCAUAUUUCAAUACAUUUGUAGGUUUUGACGACUUGUUUCACAAAAUCUAGCAUAAACAAAUUAGUUUCAUAUUUCAUUGAUAUUGGCUAAAUACUGCUGCUGCUGUUUUGAAUUUAGAGCUACAUCUACCAUUCACUAUGUUCUUCAUAUACAUAAUUACACUUCUGACGAUUGCAAAGGUUUGUCAGUAAGUAAAUGGCUACUGAGCACUUGCAAAAUUAAUGCAUAAUAUUCUUUAUCAUACAUAAUCAGCUUUAAGAGAGACAAUCUAUAAACAGAGACCACUUAAAAUAAUAAUUAAAACUUCUCCUGAAAAAACAAUUCCAAUGUUUUUCUCAUUCCAUAGAAUUCCUUAGAAUUUUUUUAAGAUAAUGCAAAGUUUUCCUAGUAAGAUUUUUUUUAUUUAAAUUGCAGCAAAGAUUACAUUGAAAAUCUUAAGAUUUGUUUGGAUUAUACUAGGUAUCCAAAUUAAUUGAAAUGAAACAAGGAAUCUAACUAAUUAAAAUUUAUGUCAAUGUUUUCAUUUUGUAUAUUAAAAGGAUGUUAAUUAGAAUUCUAUCAUUUUAUUUAUAAUUAAUAUAACAAGAGAUAUCAUUGAAAAUAGGUCCUAUUUAUAAAUUAUAUAAGCUAUUUAUUUUUUGGUUAUUAAACACCUCAAACAACAGCACCAGAUAAUAGGCAUUAAAAGUAAUUUCAUAAGUACAACAAAUUGUAAAUGAUAUUAUGCUUUUGAUAUAAUGUUACAUCCUCAUAAAUGAAUUAGUCUAUUCUUUUGAUGAUUGGCAAUGAUUAAUUAUCUUGCUUUUACAGCCACUUGAUAUACUGCUGUUCAAUGUAUACAGAUGUGUUAACACACAGAGAUACAGCGUAUCUGAUCAAGAUAAGGACCAAUGAAAAUACAGGCUUCAGAACCGUUUUACACCUGUACACCAAUAAAUAAUCCCCAUCUUUCUGCUUGUUUUUUCUCUCUGAGAUCUUUGCAAAUGCUGUGAGCAAAUAAAUGGUCAAAUUUUCUCAUGAACUGUAUACUUAUAUAUUUUAAGAACAUAGAUAUUCCCUUCAGUAACUAUAUAUUGUACCAAAGAAAAUGGCUUAUGAAUACAAAAAUUUGAAUGUAAACAGGAAGUUCGUUGUUCAUGUUGUUGGAGGCAAAUGGAAUAAAGCUAACUUGAAACUCUAAAAUGCUUUUAGAGAGAUAUCAGGUAAGAGUUUCAAACUUUCUAAUGUAAAAUUUAAGUUUUACAGCUAUAUGUCACAGAUCUUGAAUAAAUAGACUGAAGCAGGAACUUUAUUUAUCUCAGUAGAUUGAACUUUUUCGCCUGGUUACAGGUAACUUUUUCAGGUAUAUGUGAAUGAUAGAUAAUUUAUAAUGCUUCUAAGAAAACAGUUAAAUAUUCAAUACUUAAUUGUUGCAGUUCUCAAUUAUUUAUUUUUUUAAAGUACAAAUAUGUUAGUAAAAUCACUCUGAACCUAGGACUUACAACAGCCUCUAAACAUUUUCAGAUGAAAGAGUGUGCAUAUAUCUAGUUAUUAGAGGUAUAUGCCUAUAUGUAUGAAUUGAUGUAGUUGGAGAAAUCAGAUCGCUUCAGUGCAUGACUAUGCUACAGGAUGAUAUAAGAUCACAGACAGAAAUUCGAUCAAGGAUCAAACAUAAAUUACAUAAUACUUCAACUAAAUUAAAUAAAUGGCUGGAAUGAAGUUCCUGACCCUGGUGAUGAUUUUGGAAAAGCAAAGAGACAUUCUGAUGCCACCUUGUAUUGAGCCUGCAAUACUCCAAAAUGAUUUUGUUGUAUUCAUAAUUUUCUAUCAAAUAAUCUUUUAGUUUAAUUUUCAAAUUUAAGCUAAGUGAAUUUUUAUUAUUCUUAACCACAAGUGUAAAAGCCGCUGGCAGAUGUGUUAUUCCCCUUUGAAUUUUAUUCUUUUUGUUUUUUAUGAAACCCAGAUCUGUCUCAACAUUAGAUUAAAAUAAUUUUGUUUUGUGUCAAUAUCAGCAAUGUUUUCCAAUGGUUUUCCAUCAAACCUUUCCAAACUUCUGCAAAGAAUUCUUCUAAAAAUUCCUUCAACUUUAAUGCGAUGAAAAGAAUGUACGCUGCAUACAGUUUAUCUAUGUGAUAUGAC